CUACAGCAGUAAACACCUUUUAAACAGUGCAUGUGUUUCUCUGAACGCAUGUAACUAGAUGUCAGCGGCUCAUGACUUUGAAGGUCAGGCUCAAAGGUGCUUUCACCACUUUUUCUUUCCAACUGCGCACAAAUCACGCGAUCUUAUUGCAUAACUAAGACUAUUGUUGAAUAGGCACGUUGUUGGAUUACUGCUCCUGGACAAGUGGACUUGGGGUCUCUCAGUGACGUCAGUAUGAAGGUGCCCCAUUUGUCUCUGGUCACCUUUAUGCUACUGUUGAUUCAACUGUCAGACUAUGCAUCUGGGGGCAAAAUCCUGGUGUUCCCACUGGAUGGGAGCCAUUGGGUAAACAUGAAAGUACUCAUAGAGGAACUACACGUGAAAGGCCACGAGAUCACUGUGGUUCGGACGUCUGAUAGCUGGUACAUCAGUGAAAAGUCUCCUUUCUACACUUCUGUCAACCUCCCCAACUCUAGUGGAUUUAAGGAUAACUUUGCAACCUUUUUGUCUCCACUGCUGGAAGUACAGCUUCAGAGUAAGCGUUCAUCUUUUUGGUCUCAUGUCUGGACUCACAUUCAGAAGGAGAAGAUGGUUGUGGAUCAGUUCUCUGAGUUGCACAAGAGAAUGAGUGAGAUGAUCGUUCAGAUGUUUGAAGAUGAAAACCUAAUGCGUUCCCUCCAUGAUGCCAAAUAUGACUUGGUUUUGACUGACCCCGGCAUCGGCGGAGGGGCAAUGCUGGCACGUCGUCUCCAAGUUCCUCUUGUUUUCAAUGUUAGAUGGACCAUUCAAGGUGAAGCUCAUUUCCUUAUUGCCCCCUCACCUCUGGCAUACAUUCCUUUUACUGCAACAGAGUUGACAGAUAAGAUGACUUUCUCUCAGAGGGUCAAGAAUGUUUUGAGCUAUAUACUUGGGAUGUACACACUAUCAUACAUCACAGAACCUCAUUACAAACCAAUCGUUAUGAAGUACUUUGGCCCUGAUGUGGAUUACUCAACUUUUUUUCUCGAUGCUGAUAUAUGGCUUAUGAGAAAUGAUUUUAUCUUUGAAUUUCCACGUCCUACAAUGCCAAAUAUAAUCUACAUGGGUGGAUUUCAGUGCAAGCCCCCUAAGCCGCUCCCUGCCGACUUGGAGGACUUUGUCCAGAGUUCUGGAGAUCAUGGGAUCAUUAUGAUGACAUUAGGAACUUUAGUCGGGAAUCUUCCUCCAGAUGUCUCUGAGGAGAUUGCUGCAGCCUUUGCUCAACUGCCUCAGAAGGUUGUAUGGAGGUAUAUGGGACAAAGGCCAGCCAACCUGGGCAAUAACACAUUACUGGUCAACUGGCUACCACAGAACGACCUCUUAGGACAUCCCAAAACUAGAGUGUUUGUGACCCACGGAGGCACUAACGGGGUUCAGGAGGCUAUUUACCACGGAGUCCCAAUAGUUGGACUUCCUUUAUUCUUCGAUCAGCCUGAUAACCUCUCCAGAAUCAGAGCAAAGGGAGGAGCUGUGAACAUAGAUAUCGCCAUGCUUGAUAGACACGUCUUUGGAGAUGCACUGAAGACAGUUCUUUACACUUCCUCUUACAGGGAAAACAUGCAGAUGCUCUCAAGGCUGCACAGAGAUCAGCCAAUGAAACCACUGGACCAGGCUGUGUUUUGGAUAGAAUAUGUUAUAAGACAUAAAGGAGCUCGUCAUCUGCAGGCACAAUCCAACAAAAUGUCCUGGUUUGUUUACAACUCUGUCGAUGUCAUUGCAGCUUUGCUGACAGUUGUUUUUUUUGUGACAUUCACCUGCAUUUUAAUUGUAAGGUUGUUGUGGAGAAUUGUUUUUGUUGGGACAAAAGUUAAACAUGAAUAAAAUGUUGGUUUUGUGUAUGAAAGCCAAGCAAUACUGAAAAUAUGCUAGUGACUUUUUUGGUUAAUAAAAUGUGAAAAAUAAA